CACGAUCCAACCCCAAUUAACUUCCCUUCAUACUGUGCUUAGGUGUUGUAGACCGGUUAGUGCCGCUCAUAACAAUAGUAAGCGGCUGCGAGCUGCACCACAAAAAUGAAGGCCCUUUCCUCGCGUUCCCUUACCCACCGCCAUACGCUACCUGUUCGUUGUCCUGGUGCUUCUUGCCGUCGUGCAUUCGUUGCUCAAUUGCCGCGCAAAGCUACCCUUGCUACUCGGGUCGCCGCUAUUGAGGAGCAGGAACAGCAGUCUUUCCAGAGCGACGAGCAGCCAGUUCCAGAGCCUGUUGCCGCUACUCCCAGCUUUUUAGAGGAUGAGGAUCCCGCAGCUACCGAGGAGCUAGAGCUGCAGGAAUUGGAUCAGGCGCAGGAGGACCUGCUGAAGUGGAUGAUGCUGGACGAGGAGACACAGGAGGAGGACCUCGACGAGAUGGUUGAUUACGAUGAUUUUACGGAUGAUGAGUAUGCCGAUAUGCAUGAGGAGGUUGAGGAGAUGCUGGGCGCGGUGGACUACAACUUCAAGGUGGGCGAGACUGUGAGCGGCACGGUCAUUGAAAUCGACGACGACGGCGCCUACGUGGAGAUUGGUGCGAAGGCCAUCGCCUUCUGCCCAAUUACGGAGUGCUCGUUCGCUCGCCUAAAGACGCCGCUGGAGGUGCUGCGCCCUGGCAUGAAGCGCGACUUCUUGAUAGUCGAGGACGAGGAGGAGUACGGCCAGUACAUUGUUAGCCUUGCCGCUAUCGAGGCCGGUGUCUUCUGGGACCGCAUCCGCGUCCUCCAAGCGGAGGACAUUCCCGUCACGGUGACCGUGGAGUCGGUGAACAAGGGCGGAAUGCUCGUUAAGUUCGGCAUGUACGAUGGAUUCAUCCCCGUCAGCCAGUUCGGACCGACCAUCACCCCGGACAACAUGGAGACCAUGGUUGGCGCGCAGCUCCAAGUGAAGUUCCUGGAGGUCGACGAGCCCGCCGAGCGGCUGGUGUUCAGCCACAAGCGCGCCAGCAGCUCCGUGUCAAACGACAUCCAGGGACUCAAGAUUGGCGAUGUGGUUGCGGGUGUCGUACAGUCCGUCAAGCCGUACGGCGCCUUCGUUGACCUGGGUGGCGUGACGGGUCUGCUGCACGUCAGCCAGCUCAGCAACGACCGUGUGCUCAGCCUGGACAAGGUCCUGGCGGAGGGCGACAAGAUCAAGGUCAUGAUCCUGAGCCAGGACCGGGAGCGCGGCCGCGUGACGCUGAGCACCAAGAAGCUGGAGCCCACGCCAGGUGACAUGCUGCGCAACCCGCAGCUGGUGUACGAGAAGGCGGAGGAGAUGGCGGCGGCCUUCAAGGCGCGAGUGACGCUGGCGGCCAACCAGGUGGCGGAGGAGGGACAGGACCCGGCAGCGGGCAUCGAGCCCGGGCCGUUCGUGUACUAAGCACACGACAGGCUGGCCGGGAAGCUUGUCUCUUCUAAGCCCCGUUAAGCUGUGCAGCAGCUGCAUACGGCUGCAGUUGCGCUUGUGCUUGCGCUCGACCCAGUGAGGCCUAGGCAAGGGAAGGAGCAAUGCACUUGGUGCGUUGCAGGGCCUUCCAAACCGCGCUGUUGUUGGUCGCCGUGAGCACCGAUGGGGGGGGCUGUGAGGGGGUGCAUGUAGGCGUACCGUAUCAUGAACUUGCCGUAUGUAUCAGAAGGGAAGGUGAGAGAGGUAGAGGCGGAUUUGUGUGCGGCGUUGAGCUCAGGGGGUCGCGGCUUUCCCCUGUGGAGCAAUCCAUAGGUGGGGAAGUGCUAGGUGGCCGGAAGUGCUCAGUGCUAGGAAGCCGCGUGCUUCCUUGGUCUUGCGGGGCGGGUCAGAUGGAUAACUGGGAAGAAGGGAGUCAGCCAACGCUCCCGCCAAGGCUGCGCAGGAGAAGAGACUUGUGUGUCUGUGUGGGAUGGGGAGCGGGGGGAAUGGCAGGUUGUGAGACAGGAAAAUACCGCUGUGUGUGUUUGCGCAGCCAAUGUAGGGUUGCCCUUAGUACGGUAAUUGACAGUCCUUGAGACUCCCCGUUUGGCAGAACAAAAGCCGCAUUAACCGGCGCCCUGUAGUUGUCGAGUUUUGCUCUUUUUCGACUUCAACAGGCUGUGCUGGUUGAGCUGUUUUGAGCGUUUUGGGUCCCUAAGCGCGGGGUGCGCGUUGCGGUGAGAGCUGCUUCUAGACAUCGCGGGGGUUGGAGUGGGGUACGAGGUAGGGGGGUGGUGUAGCGGGGUGCGGUUUUGGGAGGAAGAGGAGGAGGGCGGCGCUUGGCAGUGUGGCAGCUGCUCGGAGGGUGUCUUGCUCUCCCGGCGCUUAAAAGACCUCUUAAGCGGGUCGCACGACGGGAAAGACUGGGUGAUGUAGUAGUAAAGCCGCACGCCGGGUUGGUUCUAUAGGGCUCGUUCAAGAGCAGGCUGGGUUAAGAGCCCAAGUGUUGCGCAUUUCUGAGCAAGACCAGGAUGAGAGACGACGACGUACCGAGAGAGAGGCGAGAGCCCGGGUGGCUAGCCGGGCGCGUGAGAUGCUACAGUGGCCUUUCGAGGCACUGUUAUUUAGUGGCGGGCGGUGAUGGAGAAGCGUGAGCCCUCACCGUCCCCACGAUCAAUUUUGACCCUCGCUUUGUGUGACUGUGUGCGACCCAUGCAUGCCUUCUGCCUCUUUGCAUGACCGCAUGGUGCGCUGUAUGUUGUGGGGGCUGCGUGUGGCUCCAAGGGGUGCCGAGCUGCCCGGCACAGAGGCGGAGACCCUGAUGACUGUACGAUGCCGCGAGAAGAGAGAUGUGUCUUGUAACGCGCCAAGAGAAGCUUUGCUGGUUGGU